UGUCUGUCAAACCGGAACUGUAUAUGUUGUCUAACCUUGUUUUGUAUUUUUGCAAUUACUUAGUGAAAAUGCAUAAUUUAAGCCUAAAAACGUGUGUAUUAAGGAGAAUUUCAAAUCAUAGACCUAUCUGGAAAAUGAAUACAUUGAUUACAAAACAUGACAUUUUCAGGUUUGCCUCCAACAUGAUCCCGUCUGUAGAAGAAAGUCCGAAAUGGCUUGAUGCUAGCGACCGCAAUGCAUUUAGUGAUCUUAUUGAUAGUUUUAUUGUGUACAAUGACUUCAUUACCGAAGAUGAGGAACGUUCUUUGAUGAAUGAACUGAAUCCGUAUAUGAGGCGUUUAAGAUAUGAACGAGACCACUGGGAUGAUGCUAUACACGGAUAUAGGGAAACAGAAAGACGACAGUGGAAUUCAGAGAACAGCAGCAUUCUAAAGCGAGUGUCGAACAUUGCCUUCCCUCCCACAGUCUCAAAGCUAGCCUAUGUACACAUUCUUGAUCUCGAAAAAAGUGGAGUAAUAAAACCGCAUAUUGAUGCAGUCAGAUUCUGUGGUAACACAAUAGCUGGCCUAUCACUGUUGUCGACAGCUGUGAUGAGACUUACACAUGAAGAAGAUGAUUCGAGAAGGGCCGACAUUUUACUCAGCAGAAGAUCCUUAUAUAUCAUGAGAGACAAAUCAAGGUACUGUUAUAAGCACGCUGUACUGGAUGAGAAGGAAUCCAUGUUUAUGGGACAGAAAAUUGAGAGAGACAGGAGAGUUUCUGUGAUUAUGAGAAAUGAACCAAACAGUGAUAUUGCACGGAGCUAGUAGAAAUGAACCGGACAGUAAACUUCCACAGAGAAUCCGACAGUAAUAUUUCACAGAACUAAUAGCAGAUAUCAAUUUUAUGCUCCCUGAAAAAUUUUGGGGGUGGAUAUAGUUGCUGCCAUGUUCAAACACUCGGCAUCAGGUGUAAAUGUCACAGGUCCUCGGAGAUUACCAUCAAAAUGGAUGUCCCGUGUCACAGUAGGUGUGGCACACUAAAGAACCCUCAGUGCUCAAUGGCCGUAAGCGCCAAGCAAAGGUUAAAAUUUGAAGCCCUUCACCGGUCUUGGUGACAUCUCCAUAUGAGUGAAAAAUUCUCGAGACGUUAAACAAGAUACAAUCAAUUAAUCAUAUAUUACACUAAGAAGUAACAGGUAAAUGGCUUUCAGACAAAGGUCACUCAGGGUCAUUUUGUGAUGGUCAAGGGCACUCAGAACAUAUACUUUGUAUUUGUAUAUGGAAAAAAACCUUCAUUUCAACAAUAUUUCAACUAUUAUUGAUCUUUUGGACCAAGGUAUCUGAAUGAGUUAUUCAAGGUCAUUUUGUAAAGGUCAAGGUCACUCAACAUAUUCCUUAUAUAUAAAACCUUCAUUUCAAUAGUAUUUCAAAAUUCAAAAGUUAUUGAUCAUUGUGUCUUAUGUUACAUGAAAAUAGGGCCGAAACGAUUCACUGAAAUAUCGAUACUGUUCAAUAUAAACACUGGAUUCAAUGCUUGAUUCAUUGCCUAGAUUUUCGAUUCAAUACGUUUAUUACAAACGGGUUCAGUAAAAUGCAUCAGGCUUGACCUGUACUUUGAUAUUAUCUAGAGACAAAAUAACAUUCAGAUUGUUGUUUGCCUCAAGUUUUUUAUCAGUUUGAACUACAGAGUACAGAGCCAACAAGCAUCUUACCAUUUGGCAGUUUAUGUAGUUAAUUGGUUAGAUGCAGUUCGGGGAGCAUCCAUCAGCUUUACUGAUAUUCUUGUGUUAUGACGAAUUAAUGAUACAUAGCAGACCAGAAUUCUAUUUUGUUUUCAUGAACUUGUUAUUAGAAUUCUACGGUUGGAACGAAACAAGAGUUGGAGUAUUCAUUGAUGGUCAUUUUUAUAAUAAUAGUUAUUCUCUGUUUUGAGAGUGUUUUGUUUUAGAAUCAACAAAGUUUAUAUUCAUGACUCUGAAUAAAACGCUAAUUGAU